GCUCCCCGAUGAGCGCGAUGGCCACCAGUCGCUGCCCCACACCCUUCGCCUUCCCCUUCUCGCCCCUCGGACUGAGCCUCUUCGACAUCGAUCCGUCCAGAAUUCUCAGCCUGCUCCACCACCAGACCUGGCUGGCAGAAGAGGCCCUCAGGACACGCGGUCUUUUGGCGGCGCCGAAGGACUUCCCGCAGCGAUUCACGACCCUCAGCGAUCUGCUGACCAAGGACUACCAGCCAGGCCAGCCGACGGCCACGGCGACGGCAACGGCGACCACCGCCUCCUCCUCCGCUUCGGCCUCCUCCACGUCGGCGGGUCAAGUGGGCGGCGGUCGGUCGGGCGGGGCACACACACACACGCACACGCACACGCACACUCAACAACCACAACAACCUCAGGCGGGCGGUGCAAGCUUCAACCUGCGCUACCCCACACCCACCGCUUUCUACCAACAACAACAACAACAACAGCCGCAGCAGCCGGCGGGAAAGGGUCCCAAGUCCUCUCCUUCGCCCCAGCAAAUGGCCACCAGUUCGACGACAACGACGACGGCGCUGUCCAACGAUUCCGGCGAGGACAGCUGCAAACGGAGCUCGGCGGACAGCGAUGAGGUGACCAUUCUGGAGCUGCCCAGCGAGCGGAGUGCCCAGCUGUACAAGGAGUCCCUGGAGCAGCUCCUCCAGCGCCAGCGUCGCACUCCCCAUCCUGGCGGGCUCGGUAACUGGUUCGGGUUCGGGAUCGGGAUCCGGAUCGGUUUCGGGUUCGAGUAG